UUAUGUUUAUGUUCUCCGUUGAUUCCGGAUAUUUUGGUCUCAUAUCUGCAAGUUAUCGAAGAAAAUCUCCUAUCGUAUAAUCGUGCUUAGGAAUGUAGCUGGAACAUUCGUCACAAUGGAAUUCUACGCCACCAUCUGUCGAUUGUGUGAAUCUCCGGAUCAAACUGGUAAUAGCUGGAUCGAAUUGUUUGCAAACAAUAACGAGAAUCUGCUGGUAAAGAUCCGGGCUUGCGCAAAUAUAGCGAUCUACGACAACGAUGGAUUACCGAAACGCAUCUGCGGACGCUGCCACCAUAACCUGGAACAGGCGUACAACUUCAAGAUGCAGUGCGAGAUAACGGACACCAAGCUUCGGCACGAAAUGGAGUUUUUGACCAAAAACGGGGAGAAUCAUGAGGUGUUCAUUCCGCCGUUCGACUACAGUCGGUUUCUGAAAACAAAGGAAGAGACGAAGCCGGAUGUGAGCUUGGUGGCGGAGAAGGUCUUAGUGAAAACAGAGGCAUUGGAAGAGGAAGACGAGCAGCGGCCCAUUUUGGAGGAGUCAUAUGGUGAUGACUCGGAUGAAGAUUUGUGUACGACGAAAGUGGAAACUCAACUGGAGAUUGGAGACGAGGUAAGUGAUUCGGAGGAAUCUGACAAUGAGAAUGACUCCGGUGCAGAUCAUCAAAUAGAGAAAUUAUCCGAGGAGAUGAAACUGAAGAAGAUAGAUAAAAAAUCUGGCAUUUGCGAUAUCUGCGGGGAUCACUUUGAUAAGAGAUCGAACUUGUAUGCUCAUAAAAGAGCUGUUCAUGGCAAACAACGAUACCAAUGCAAGCAAUGUUCGAAGCAGUUUUCGAGAAAAUGUCGUUUGGAAGAUCAUGAAUUACAGCAUACCGGCAUUCGCCAGUUUGAGUGUCCCCAAUGCGAUAAGAAAUAUGCCACACAAUCAGGGUUGAAGACCCACAUGGAGGAUGUCCACACUGACAAUUUGCCGUACGUUUGCGAUAAGUGUGGCAAGGGAUUUUCCAAGGAAGGCAAAUUACGCUACCAUUAUGCGGUUCAUAUCGAAACAAGGGAUUUCAUCUGCGAACUAUGCAACAAGGGUUUCAAGACGCAGGGUCACUUGAAUUUGCACAAAAGUACUCAUCUGCCACCGGACAAGAAGAAAAAGCGACCACCAAGAAACCGUAAAAAGACUUGCGUAUGCCCAUUCUGUGGGAAGGUUUCCUCCUCGAUCGGGGUUCAUAGCAUGCACAUCAGGACACAUACGGGUGAUCAACGUUACGAAUGCCACAUCUGCUUCAAACGGUUUACUUCAUCCGGUUCGCACAAAAAGCAUCUACGGGUCCACACCGGUGAGAAACCGUACGUUUGCGAGUACUGCCAGAAGUCUUUCCGUCAGAAGCACCACAUGGACACGCACAUCCGGGGGGUUCACACAAACGAGAAACCAUACCAGUGCAAAUUCUGCCCCCGGGCAUUCGCCACUCUAGGAAACAUGAGGCUGCACGAGAGGAGCCAUGGAGAACCUGCCGAUAAGCAGGAACAUCAGGCGCAGCCAUACUUUGCUGUCCAGCCGGAGAUAGGUACGAUGAUUGGUAGUCCGGCGUCGCAGUCUUCUUCGAUGAUGGUCAGCUCCUCGCCGUCUCCGAUGAUGAAUCCAGGCGUCGUGAUUCCUCCGGACUUUGGGCUGUUCAUGGCUGAUAGGACCCAGUAGUUUUAAGGUGGGUAUGUUUUCGUAUUACGAAUGCAAAAUCAAUUGCACUGUGAAUUCUUGUCGUCUAAUCAUUCAUAUCACAACCCUGCUU